AGUGGCUGAAUUAAAGUGAAGCACUAGCUAACCAAACCAGUGGGUACUCAUUACUGGUAAUGACCGACUAACUAAAGAGUACUCGUUACUGGUAAUGUACUUUAAUGACCGACUAAAGAAUACUCAUUACUGCUAAUUGUGACCUAGGAAGAUGGAGCGGCAGUGGAGUAGUGAAUCUGCUGGGAAUGUGAUGGAGCGGCAGUGGAGUAGUGAAUCUGCUGGAAAUGUGAUGGAGCGGCAGUGGAGUAGUGAAUCUGCUGGAAAUGUGAUGUCUUCGUCUUCCCCAUCACACUCACGUAAUGGAGGACAUGCUCGCUCAUCUUCCCUCACCGGAAUUUCCACCAUUAAAAGAACUCAGAAUGUUGCUGCUAAAGCCGCUGCUCAACGCCUCGCCCAAGUCAUGGCUUCUCACACUGCCGAUGACGACGAUGACGAUGACGAUGAUCUAGGAUUUCGCUACAGUGCUCCUCCUCCUCUCGCUCUCUCCAGGAAAUCCGCCACCACCACUACUCAUACUCAUAGAUCUCCAUCUCAUAAGUUAACUCAGAACCGUCUAGAAGAACGGCCAUCAGUAGCAUCUAAUAAUAGUAAUAGACCACCGCUGAACCUCAGGAUUCCACCUCCUGAUCUGCCAAUACACCCUUCCAUUAAUAACACUAAGCCCAAAGAUAAAAGAUUUCCCUUUCAUAAUGGACCCAUUCAACCAAACGAUGCCUCCGCUCUUCGUGAUGAGCUCGAUGUGCUUAGGGAAGAGAAUCAAAGUAUUUUUGACAAGCUUAGACUUGAGGAAGAGAGAUGCAAGGAAGCAGAGGCCAGAGUUAAGGAGCUUGAGAAACAGGUCGCUUCCCUUGGAGAAGGAGUAUCUUUGGAAGCUAAACUCUUGAGCAGAAAGGAAGCAGCAUUACGUCAAAGAGAGGCCGUACUGAAAAAUUCCAGAGAGUCAAAGGAUGGGGUUGAUAAGGAAAUCACAUCUCUACAGACAGAAGUUGAGCAUGCAAAAGUAGAGACUGAAGCCACAGUGAAACAGCUGAAUGGAACUGAAUCCGAAGUGAAAACUCUCCGAUCAAUGACGCAAAGAAUGGUAUUAACUCAGAAAGAAAUGGAGGAAGUUGUUCUUAAGAGGUGUUGGCUAGCUCGUUAUUGGGGUUUAGCCACAAAAUAUGGUAUCUGUGCAGAUGUUGCAGUUUCAAAGUAUGAACUUUGGUCAUCCUUAGCUCCUCUUCCAUUUGAGAUUGUUGUUUCUGCAGGACAAAAGGCCAAGGAGGAAUCCUGGGAAAAAGGCGAUGAUGCGACAGAGAAGAGGAGCAAUCUUGUUCCAGACUUGAAUGAUCUUACUGGAGAAGGAAAUAUUGAAAGUAUGCUUUCGGUUGAAAUGGGACUAAAGGAGCUUGCUUCUUUAAAGGUUGAGGAUGCUAUUGUGCAAGCAUUAGCCCAACAACGGCGUCCAAGUCCAAAUUCUGCUCGACAACUAGUAUUAGAUAUUAAAUCACCAGGGGAUCCUAAGUUUAUGGAAGCAUUUGAGCUGAGUCCAGAGGAAUCUGAGGAUGUUCUUUUCAAGGAGGCCUGGCUGACUUAUUUUUGGAGAAGAGCCAAGGCUCAUGGUAUAGAGGAGGACGUCGCCAAAGAACGCCUUCUAUUUUGGAUUGGUCGAAGUAGGCAUUCACCUACUUCGCACGACGCCGUUGAUGUGGAGCAAGGGCUUUUGGAGUUGCGGAAAUUGGGGAUUGAACAUAGACUUUGGGAAGGAUCCAGAAAAGAAGUUGACGAGGAGGACUUGAGUAUUGCAUCGAAGAUUGUGGUUGAGACAUUUUCCAUGUCCAGAGUAUGAAUUGUGAAUUUCAUUUUUCCUUGUGGAAUCCAUUACACUGUUCAAGUGAGAUUAAUCACACCGACUGCAGCUCUUGGUAACUGUUAUAAUAGCUGAAUUGAUUUUAGAAAGUGAUGAAAUUGUAGCCCUUCGGAGAAUGUUUUUCCUCUUGGAAUAGCACAAAUAAUAGUAGUUGAUAAACCUAUUAAAAUAAUUGUUCAUCAAAAGGGAAAAGUUUUGCUGUUAGUUGGAAAAGCGCAAGUUUGUUUUUAAAAUAAU